GUUCGAGUCCGACCGCCGCCACGGUUGGACGUAUGUCUAAAUGGGCGAACUGCAAUACCCAGGGGCUCCAAGCGUUGCUGAUGACGAGAGACAGUACAGAGCGCCUUUCCGUCGGGCGCCUCAGUACAGGUGGCCCGCGCCACAGGCACCUCAGCCCUCGGCCUUCGCCCCCUGGAGAAGGGCGCCGGCGCCACCACGGCCUCCGGACUACCGUAGGAGUGCAUCGUAUCCUGGUAAACCUGAUGAGACUUACCAAGAAAGAAGCGGUUUAGACAAUAUGCGAUCGCUAGAACAUUACUUAACUGACAUAAUGAGAGCCGACACGUCAGAACACAUGAAAGGCAAGUCGCCGUUCUUUCCCGGCGUGGAGGAGGCGGCAGUUGCGGGGGGCGCGGCCGGAGCGGGCUCGCCCUCCGUGCCCGACCAGGCACAGGAUGUGGUCUCUAGGCUCUCGGCGGCCGGGCUGUCAAUGUGCGUAAGCGCGCUCGGCUCUCCGGCCCGGUCGUCGCCCGUGUCCGCCGGUUCCGAGCACGGAGAGCGAUUCAGCCGAAAGGUGUUCGUGGGCGGAUUGCCACCGGAUAUCGAUGAGGAUGAAAUAACGUCGUCAUUCCGUCGCUUCGGGCCGCUCGUUGUGGACUGGCCUCACAAAGCAGAGAGCAAGAGUUAUUUCCCCCCCAAGGGUUACGCGUUUCUACUGUUUCAGGACGAGAGCUCAGUAGCGGCUCUAAUGGAGGCCUGUAUAACGGACGACGACAAGUUGUACUUGUGUGUCUCGUCGCCCACGAUCCGCGACAAGCCAGUGCAGAUCCGACCUUGGAGGCUCGCUGAUGCAGACUUCGUGUUGGACGCCAGCAUGCCCCUCGACCCUCGGAAGACGGUGUUCGUUGGAGGAGUGCCGCGUCCGCUAAAGGCCGUGGAGCUGGCGAUGAUAAUGGACCGGUUCUACGGCGGUGUCUGCUACGCUGGAAUCGACACUGAUCCCGAGCUCAAGUACCCCAAGGGCGCUGGUCGCGUGGCGUUCUCCAACCAGCAGUCGUACAUCGCGGCCAUCUCGGCGCGCUUUGUGCAGCUACAGCAUGGGGACAUCGACAAGCGGGUCGAGGUGAAGCCGUACGUGUUGGACGACCAGAUGUGUGACGAGUGCGCCGGCGCUCGCUGCGGAUCCAAGUUCGCGCCCUUCUUCUGCGCCAACGUCACCUGUCUGCAGUACUACUGCGAGCACUGCUGGGCCACGAUCCACUCGCGACCGGGGCGUGAGUUCCACAAGCCGCUCGUCAAGGAAGGAGCCGACCGGCCCCGCGCCGUGCCCUUCCGCUGGUGUUAGUGACCUAUUACCGGCAUUACCCGCCGACACGAGGGACUAGCCUGUUUUGACUAACCAAACGGGUAGAUUUUAGACAGGAUAGGACAGAUUUAGGCUGGAUUUUUCUAUCUAUAUGAUGAUCUAGACAAAAU